CACAUCAAUCACUGCUUUUGCAGUCUCCAUGACGCAGCAGUCCCUGAGUAAGUACCUUAGCAUUCAAUCAAUGGGCGAUAGCCACUGGCCACCCGGGGAUUAACUCAAUCCGGAGUUUGCCUUGAAGGUUUGCCUGAUUCUUCCCCUGUAUCUCCAACAGCCGAGCACAUUUCCAACUUCUCCCUUCUCUCACUCAGCCCCCCCAAGUCAUCGUGCGGGCGAGCCUCCCUCUCCCAGUCCUUCCUUUGACCUCUCCUGCAUGCCUGCGUCUCACGUAUGCCCCAAUUUAUCCCUGGCAACACCAGUAACAACAACACCACCGGCUUAGAGCGGCAUCUGGGUGACCCCAACGUCGAGGAAUAUGUGUUCCCGAUCCUCAUCGCUCUGGCGUGGUGCAACGCCAUCGAGCUCAUCGUGCUGUGCUUCAACACGUUCAAGCGCUACGCGGGCUCCUACUUCUGGAGUCUCCUAAUCGCGUCCAUCUCCGUCAUCCCAUUCGGGCUGGGUUACCUGCUCAAGAUGUUCGACAUCACCUCCACGCAUUUCUACCUGGAGAUCGCCAUCUCCGAGGUCGGCUGGACCGGGAUGGUGACGGGCCAGUCGCUGGUGCUCUGGUCGCGGCUGCACCUCGUGCUGCACAACCAGCGCAUCCUGCGGGCGCUGCUCGGUCUGAUCCUCGUCGACGGCUUCCUGCUGCACUCGGCCGGCACCGCGCUGGAGUUCGCGACUAACGCGCGGCCGCACUCGCACACCGUCGCGCUCGCCUUCAGCGUCAUCGAGCGCAUCCAGGUCGUCUGGUUCUGCGUCCAGGAGCUGCUCCUCUCCGGCAUCUACAUCUUCGAGACCGUGCGCCUGCUCAGGCUCGACGCCGGCUCCCCCUCGCGCGCCGUGCUCACGCAGCUGCUCCUCGUCAACGUCGUCAUCAUCUUUCUGGAUUUGUCCGUCGUCGCCAUCCAGUACUCCGGUUUCUUCACCUUGCAGGUUACCUUCAAGGCCCUGGCCUACAGCAUCAAGCUGAAGCUCGAGUACAUCAUCCUCAGUCGCCUGGUCGAUGUCGCCCACAUCCGGACGCAGGGUUCCGGCCCGCGUUUUCGAAUAUGACGGCCGACGCGAUCCCGUCCCGGGCCAGAUUCAAUUAUACUGUCAUGUACUGUACAUUCUAUCCCAUUAUAUAGCCUUCUCUACCUACCCUGUAUCACUCUAAAUAAACCCACCCA